AUGGACCCGCAGACGGGGCUGUCCAGGGCGCUCUUGCUCCUUCUGUUCUUGCACCUGAUGCCGCUAGGAGGUCGUUCGCACCCGCUGGGUGGCCCUAGCCUAGGCCCCCACUCGGAACUGUCCAGAGUCCAGGAGCUGCGGGACCAUCUUCCGGGCACAGCUGGGGAGCGGCAGGAGGAGCAGACCACCCCGGAGCCCCUCCAGCAAGGACGCAGUUCUAAAGCAGCCGGGGCGGCCAGGCAGGCAGCUCCUGCUGCCGGCCUUGGGCCCCGUGACCAUGUCCUCCAGAGCCCCAAGAGGAUGCGUGACUCGGGCUGCUUUGGGGUCAGGAUGGACCGGAUCGGCGCCUCCACUGGCCUGGGCUGCAAUGUGCUGAAGAGGCAUUAG